AUGCAAGCCAACCAAGCCACGUCUACAGCUCCGUCUGUGCUGAGCCAGACCCUGCCGGCGAACCAUGGAGGUCCGGGGGGUUCAGCUGUGCUUCCCAAAGGCUGCCCAGCAGCGGCAAGCUCUGAUCCCACUGCCGCAGCUGCUAAAGCGCCCGUGACUGUCAGCCUAGUCCCUGCAUCCCAGCCAGUUGUGCCUUCAGCGCCUGUGGGCACCAAAUUGACGCCUGUGACUAGUCACGCAUCUAUAGUGACUAGUGGUCCUAGGGUGACAGCGCCACAGCAAGUGCCCCCCCCUAAGGCAUCCCAGACAGCGACAAUACAGCUACCUGCCAAUUUCCAGAUCCCUCCAGGUACGGUCCUCAUCAGGAGUGGAAAUGGACAACUUAUGCUGGUGUCUCAACAAGCAUUGGCCCGAGCCCAAGCGCAAGUGCAAAAUUCUAAUGCAAAGAACGCCAUACCUGCAAAUACUCCAACUGUACAGAUACGUGCCGUUCAGAAUUCCAAGCCUCAGCUGCUAUCAAACACCACAGUGAAAUCUAUACCGACUCCAGUCCCUACCGCCUCCCUGACUCUGACCACUGUUCAAAGAAGUUCUGCUUCACAGUCUUUAGCUUCAACAAGUGGUGCAGUCAAGGUCUCUUCAUCCCUUGGUUGUAGAGCAAAUACAACAGUGUCUACACCUACAAUUGUCAAAAUCUGCACACCUCCUACCCCUCAGACAACGGCUAUCAGCCAUGGAAAUUCUGCAGUUAUCAUUCGAGCUCCGGCUCCAGAAGUCAAAUCUGUAUCAACUGGCUCUUUUGUGGCUACGCCAGCAACAACUUCAACCACCAUGGUGAUCCCAGCUACUUCAGUGAUGGUGCCUGGCAGUUCACCUAUAACCGUUUUACCAAUAAGAACGCCUACACCUCUAGCUGCUUCUGCAACAGUCAAUGCUUGCACCUCCAUUAUGUCAGCAAGUACUGUAACUAUUUCCCCGACUUCAGUAACAAGUAUGCUUCCUCCAGAUAAAACCUUUACCUCUUCCAGUACUGCUGCUGUCAAAUCUCUCGGCCCAUCGUUGGUUCAGACAGCUGUGACUAGUUCCUCAGCAGUCAAGUUAACGCCGGUUACCCCCGCAGCUACCCAGCAAGGAAAAUCGAACCCCCUAAUUUUAUCGGCUCCUGUCAAAGCCCCUCUUAUUGUUACAUCUUCAGUGUGUAGUAAUAAAGUUGUUGCACCUGUUACAGUACAAAUGUCUACAACUGCUUCAUCUGGAACCCCUAAUGUGAUGGUUUGCAAAGCAGAACCUCCAAAAGUGACAGCAAACGUGCAGCCUUCGAAUGCAACAGAUGUAUUGGACAAUGUGAAGAAAUGUAAGAACUUCCUUGCAACCCUAAUAAAACUGGCAUCAAGUGGACCACAGUCCCCUACUAUGGGACAAAAUGUGAAGAACCUUGUCAAGAAUUUGCUUGAUUCAAAAAUGGAAACUGAAGAGUUUACUACGAAACUGUAUAAAGAACUUAAGUCUUCACCACAACCUUAUCUGGUGCCUUUUUUGAAGAAAAGCUUGCCUGCCCUACGGCGUCUUAUGCCAAAUUCACAGGAAUUUAUUUUAGAAUGUGGGCAACAGACACCACCAUCAUCAGUGACUGGGUCUAACCCUCCAUCGUUUGUAAAGAUUACUGCAACACCUCCUGUGCAUACCAUAAAACAAGUUGGUACAACUACACUCAGGGUUCAACAAACAACUUCAAUGCCCACUCAGCCAGUAAACACCUUGAAGACUGUGAACAUAAAACAGUUGGUAGUCCAGCAGCCAAAUAGAGGCGUUGUGCAGCACGUGGCCGCACUGCCGCAGUCUUCGAUCCUUACAGGUCAGAAACCCGGAGAAAGAAAAAUCACCGUGAGCUCUCUUCUCCAGGCUGGCCGGUUGCCACCAGGUUCUGUUGUGAAACAAAUCACCCUGCCAGGAAAUAAAGUUAUUUCCCUUCAAGCAUCUCCUCUACCCAUAAAAGAAAAUGGCACGACAUGCUUCAGAGAGGAGGAUGAUAUUAAUGAUGUUACUUCUAUGGCUGGUGUUAACAUCAAUGAAGAAAAUGCCUGCAUCUUGGCAACUAAUUCACAGUUUGUGGGUGCAGUGAUUCGGUCAUGCCACGAUGAGCCUUUCCUUUUUAUAUCCGCUCUGCAAAACCGAAUCCUAGACAUAGGUAAGAGGCAUGACAUUAAGGAACUUAGCUCUGAUGUUAUGAACUUGGUCUCCCAUGCAACGCAAGAAAGAUUACGAGGGCUGAUUGAAAAACUAACAGUGGCAGCGCAGCACAGGUCUAUGAACUACAAGCAAUCUGAUCGAUAUCUCCAGUCUAGUGAUGUUCGAGCACAACUUAAGUUUCUGGAACAGCUUGAGCAGUUAGAGAAACAGCGUAAAAAUGAAGAGGAGCGAGAAAUGUUGCUCAGAGCAGCUAAGAGUCGUUCAAACAAGGAGGACCCGGAACAAUUGAGAUUGAAGCAAAAGGCCAAAGAGAUGCAGCAGCUGGAACUCGAACAAAUGCAAUACCGAGAAGCCAAUCUUACUGCUUUAGCUGCAAUUGGACCAAGACGAAAGCGACCCUUAGAUUCAAGCAUUAUAAACGGACUGGAGGACCUGCAUACGUCUGGAUCUUCUGUUUUUGGCCUGUCAAAGCCCUUACUUGUCCAGAGGAUAACUCGUGUUAGUCUCAGGGAUUUAGUAUUCUGUAUGGAACAAGAAAAGGAAACUAGAUAUUCUUUAUCGCUGUAUCGUGCUCUUCUGAAAUGAACAUUCAGUAAUGGUAUUGCCAAAGAAAUAUUGAAAUAUUGACCUACGUUCUUGCACUAUCCUGAAAAAUGUUUCAGGAAAUAUAUCCUUCCAGGAAAGCAUUUUUUGUUUACAGAGUUUUUUUCUUAUAGAAUUAAACACACAUUAUAGCAAAAGAA